UCUUCCUGAAAUCUAGCGACCAAGGCUUUCUAGAAACGAUAACGAAGUUUGGUUUCCCUAUCAUAAUUUGAUACAUUUCUAAUCAAAUGUAGCCGGGCUGUUUUAUACAGAUAAAGCAGUAGAACAUUCGCGCGUGUAAUUUUAGCAAGAUAAAAUAUAAUGUUCCGCCCAGGACAUGAAGCCAAAUUAGCAUCAUCAGUGACCAGUUGCCAGACUACCAGAGGCAUCCCGUGAGAAAGAGUGCCAUGGCAACUAACCACAGAAGCUAGAGGUGACAUUCAGUGUCUUAGACACACAACAGGAAACCUCCCAUAAGAAGUGAGCAACAUGUCUGAGGAGGAGAUUUCUCAGACCUCCUCAUCUUCCUCUUCUAGCCCUCCCUCUUUCUCCUCCUCCUCCUCACCUCCCCCUUCCUCCCACUUCAUCGGGAAGAAGGAGGACAUUGUCACGGCUGGGCGUGUGACCAAGCUGGUGAAUGGAUGCAGAGAUGUACUGGUCCUGUACCACCAGGGGCAGCUUCAUGCGAUGGACAUGCGCUGCUACCAUUCAGGUGGUGCAUUACAGUAUGGAGACAUUGAGGAGUUUAAUGGGUUGCUGUGUAUCGUGUGUCCGUGGCACAAGUACAAGAUCACACUGGCAGAAGGGGAGGGGCUUUACCAAGCUGUGGACGAUCCUACAGCCAAAGCCCUGAGAACACACUGGCGCUCCAAGGGUGUCAAACAGAGGAUUCACAAGGUCACUGAGGUCAACGGGGAUGUAUAUGUAACACUGAAUGACUCCAGCGAGACUAUCGCAUCAGAUGUCUACCAAACUGAGAGAUACAGGACUGUCUUACUCAAAGCCCAGCAAUAACCCAAGCCCAAGAAAAUGCCACACACACAGGAUUUCUUAGAGUUGUUUGAUUAUUCAAUCAAAAAUACUCAAAAGGAUGAUUUUGGAUGUUGUCUUUCACCGGGAAGCAUAUCAAGUCCCCUCCUAAUCUGUUUGUCACAAACGUAAUUGUUAUCAAACAACUGUCAAUUGUGUGUGAGCCGAUAUGCCUGCAAGAUUUCUAUGAGCCAAAGGAGGAAAUAUCUGAAGAAAAUGUAAGAAUGCUUGCAGUAUAAGAUGAAUAUAGGAAAUUUAAACAGCACUUGCACGAUAUUGUCAUUUAAUUGUGUGUUUGUCUGCUUCAAUUGGACAUCCAUUCUGUUCAUCAUUCUGUAGACAUACACUGAGACUGCUACAGAAUAUUUUGGGUUAUGAUUAAAAAAUCUGUUUUUAG